ACUCCCAAGUGAAAAAGACCUAUUGUGUUCCCACUCUCCACUCUUAGGCCCAUCAAUUUUCCGAUCCCUAAACAAACACCUUUAAGUGGGUACAGCUCUAUGCUAUGGAGUCUACACUUCCUCGUAGCCCCCACAACACCAAGUUCAUUGCCGUGUGUAAACAGCGGUGAACAGGUGUUUUUUGUAAGUGGGUUCUGUUGGGUAAGGUCAGUGCGGAUCGGCUCUAUAAAUGAUUGUGCUCUAGGGUUUGGGGCUCCAGUCCAUCGAAGUACCCAUUACAGGCCAGUUGAGAUCGAGAUGCAAGGUGUGCUGCUUCCGCUGAUGAUGUGGAUGAUCUGGAUUCCGGGGUCUGCGACAGAGGAGCUGGACUUACGGCGGAAUCCUCGCAUUGUGGGCGGCCAUCCAAGUGAUGUGUGGAAUCAGCCGCACAUGGUCAACAUCCGGCGUCGUGGCAACUUCGAGUGCGGCGGUUCCCUGGUCUCCCCCCGUUGCGUCUUGACCGCCGCCCACUGCCUGAAGGAGGGUCAACCAUCAGACUUUGUGGUCCGCGGCGGGGUCACCUUUCUGCGGGAUAUGAGCAAUGCCCGCUAUGUGAGGAAGAUACUGCUGCCGGCGGCCUACAAUCGCACCACCUUGGACCACGAUGUGGCACUCCUGCAGCUCCAGCAUCCGCUUCAGCCAUCCAUAGCUCAGCCCAUCUCCUUGGCCGUGAGAUCCCCUCGCCCUGGGUCUUUUGUUCGCGUUUCCGGCUGGGGACUAACCGACGCCAGAUCCACUUCGCUGCCCAAUAAUCUGCAAAGCGUCCAUGUGAAAGUGAUGCCUCAGCGGGAAUGCCGAGAUCUGUAUCGUGGCUAUCGGAAUAUUACGGACAGCAUGUUCUGCGCCUCGAUUCCGGGUUUAAGGGAUGCCUGUGCCGCCGAUUCCGGGGGACCGGCGGUCAAUGAACAUGGCUUUCUCGUGGGCGUCGUCUCCUGGGGCAGGGCCCAUCGCUGCGCCGCCCAAGACAGUCCCGGGGUGUACUCCGACGUCAGCUACCUGUCCGACUGGAUAGCCGAUAACAUGCGCCGGUAUUGCUAAAUCCCCUCUUGAAUCCGUAUUAAUCAGUAUUAGAUCGGUUAGCCCUGAUCGUUGACGUCACCUGGAGCCGGAGCAAGAAUGCCAUUGAAGUGGCACUGUCUUCCAUUGUGACCCGUGGUGUUUGUUCAGGUGGUUUCUCCAUGUUUUUGCCGAAUAUCCGGCCAUAAAAAGACGGG